GAGUUUGAAGUCCAAACAGGACACUCUAAUUACAAUGUUACCCUUAAUGGAACACAAGCGGAUUGUGAUUGCGGCGAAUUCAAGCUAACGGGCAUACCUUGCUCGCAUAUUUUAGCAGUUUGCAGUAAUUCACAACUAAGAAUAGAUUAUCAUAGUCUUUGUUCCCAUUGGUAUACUGUAGAGUGUUAUUGCCAGACAUACGCACCGCUUUUCCAUCCAAUUCUAGACAGACGCUACUGGCCACGACCCCAGGGCCCACCAAUUGUACCGCCUCCCGUGAGAAGGAAGAAAGGUCGACCACGAUCAACACGUAUUCGUAAUAUAAUGGACGAAACAAGUGGGCGACGAACAAAAUGUAGCAUUUGUAAGCAGGGAGGUCAUUAUAGAAACACCUGUCCACAGAAUACAGAGAUAGCACAACAAGGACGUCGACGUAGGACUUGAUACCUAACUUAAUAAUGGCAGAUCUAGAGGAGGCGGGACCAGUUGAUGAGUCCGUCCUGACAGAGCAGCAUCUCCAUAGGUCUUCAUUUAUCACGACUGAGGGAUAUCGCGGGGUGCAGUUCAUAGAGCAUGGCCGCAAAUUAAACCAGUGGGAGCUUGAUCAUCCAGCAGUGCUAGAUUUGCUACGACAGUCUGGAUUUUAUUAUAUUUCUCGACUUAGGCGUCUACAGCUGGAUCAGGCAUUAUUAGGAGCUUUGAUCGAGCGAUGGAGACGGGAGACCCAGACAUUUCACUUCCGCCACGGUGAGAUGACGAUUACACUUCAGGAUGUGGCGGUUAUUUCGGGUCUUCGUGUCGAUGGAGCGCCGGUCACUGGGACUACAGUGUAUCCGUGGCCAGAUAUUUGUCAGGCGCUUUUAGGGGUUGUGCCGGAUGACAUCCGAGCUGGGCAGAUUAGAUUAGAUUGGAUAUACCAGCAGUUUCAUCAUCUACAUUUGGAUGCUCCGGCUGGAUUAGUUGCAGCCACUGCACGUGCAUAUAUAUUAUAUCAGAUUGGCUGUAGUCUAUUUCCAAACCCCACCGGAUAUAGGGUUCAUCUUAAGUGGCUGCCACUUAUAGCGGAUUUUGAUGCAUGCGGCGCUUUAGCCUGGGGUGCAGCAGCACUGGCCUAUCUAUAUCGAGCUUUGGGAUCGGCUGCAUUAAAAGGAAAGGUCGAAUGCUGUUGCUUCGCGACAUUAGUACAGAUUUGGGCGUGGGACCAUCUACAUGUCGGCCGACCUACUAGCGUUGGAGCUGUUGCCGACAUGGCUGAUUGCCCUAUGGGUUGCCGGUAUGACAUAUAAAUUUGA